AUGAUUCCACCUACCGUCCGAGUCCCAGAGCGGCCUACGCCCCCGCCGUUUGACGUACGUUCAGUCGCACCUACCGUGGGUGGACAGACUUUUGCGCAGAAUCACCCAUCGGGACUCGCUGCGAACCCGCGGAUUGCGGCCGCGCUUCGACAGGGCGGUCCUGUCGCCGGAAGCUCGAUGCCCUUGGGUCCGAUGGCCAACACUACGUUACGGCCCAUGUCCCGCGGAGCUGCUGGCACUGGCACCACCAUGCCUCCCCGUCCAAACCCGAGCCUCUCGUAA